UCAGUUUUGUAUGAGGUACAAGUCUAUUUCGCUGACCGCUCUUGUCGGCGUUUGUUCAUAAGAAGGACGAUUAGAUUUACACGUUUUGCAGCAAAUGCAUUAGGAAUGGGAGGUGGUUCUGAUUUUUGAAAUGCGUAUCAGCUUGUUUAUGGAGUAAUGUUUUGAGAUAUCGACCCUCCAGUGAUGACAGCCGGCAAUGCGGCCGUGGGUUGUUGCUCUCUCUUGUUCUGGGCUAUCGCGUGUCUUGUAGCUGCGCCCCAGACGACGGCUGAAUCAUUCCAUCAUGUUGGAACCGCUGUAGGAAAAAGUGAACCUCGCUCUUCCAAGAGCGGUCUGAACGGCAAUGAAAGUGCAUUUCAUCUCCUGCUUAUAGGAGGGAGCAGUGCUGCUGUGGAGUGUCACAGUGUGGUGCAACUGAAUGGAUCCCAGUGGUGUUCAUUUGUGAAAACAACAGAAGACUGCAAACUGGACAGUGGCUUUAUUGACUACCUCCAGGGAGCCAUCUGUGGGUUUCGCCACAAUCUGCUACCAUUGGCUGUUUUUUUGUAUGCGAUUUGGUUGUUCUAUCUAUUUGCAUUUCUUGGGACAACAGCUGAAUUAUUUUUUUGUCCUAAUCUGGCAGCCAUUGCUGCAAGUUUAAAAUUAUCGCAUAAUGUGGCAGGUGUGACUUUUCUUGCUCUGGGUAAUGGAGCCCCUGAUGUAUUCAGUGCAAUAGCAGCCUUUUCUGAUCCAAGAACAGCAAACCUGGCAAUUGGAGCUUUGUUUGGUGCUGGCAUUUUUGUGACCACUAUUGUUGCUGGUGGUGUUGCCCUUGCGAGUCCAUUUAUAGUUGCAUCAAGGCCCUUCCUUCGAGAUGUGAUAUUCUACAUGGCUGCAGUCUUCUGGACCUUUCUAAUCCUCUACUUUGGGAGCAUUGAUUUGGGAGAAGCACUUGGUUACUUGGCACUGUAUGCAGUGUAUGUAUUAACAGUAAUCAUAAGCAGCCUAAUUUACCAAAAGUGCAAAAACCAGGAACAUGCUUCCCUUAAUACAUGUCAGUCUGAAUACUGUGACGUAGAGGAUACAAAUCCAUCCUGCAUCAGGAUCCGUUCCCAUGAAGAUGCAAGUGAGUAUCAACCUUUGAUUAGAAUGGAAGAAUCAAAAUCUACAAAAUCCAUUUUGUUGGACUCUCUCAACCCCAUUAACUUUCAAGAAUGGAGAAGAAAACGCUUGCCCUGGAAGAUCUUCAAAUGUUUGCUGCUGCCAAUUGAGUUUUUCCUUCUAAUUUGCAUACCAGUGGUGGAUUUCGACCAGGAAGGCCAUAACUGGAAACGCCCUCUGAACUGUUUACAAGUUGUUACUGGCUCACUUGUCUGCAUCCUUGCAUUUAAAUCUGGCUAUUAUGGUUUACUGCGCAUCGGUGAUCAACUUCCUGUCUGGGUUCUUGUUUUGCUGAUUUCCUUAAUUAUAGCUGCACUGAUUUUCUUCACCACAAAGAAUGAGGAACCACCAAAAUAUCACUGUGUAUUUUCUUUUAUUGGGUUUCUCUUCAGUACCAUACUGAUUAACACUGUAGCCACAGAGGUUGUGAAUCUUCUGCGUGCCAUUGGAAUAAUUUUUAACCUGAGUAACACUGUUCUGGGACUGACACUGUUAGCCUGGGGAAACAGUGUUGGAGAUUUAUUCUCUGACAUCACACUAGCUCGACAGGGGUAUCAACGUAUGGCUAUUGCUGCAUGUUUUGGUGGAAUAAUAUUUAAUAUGCUAUUUGGCAUUGGACUAAGUUCCUUAAUUCAAAUGCCCUACAAUAAUAAUGUCCUUGAGAUCAAGUGCGAUGGCCUCUUGGAUUGGAUUCUGGUCGGAUCAUUAGGCUUGAGUCUUGUCAUGUCAUUUAUAUUGAUCCCAGUUCAACGGUUUAAACUUGGAAAAGCAUAUGGUGGUAUUCUGGUCUCUUUCUAUGUUCUAUUUAUUAUAGUAGCACUACUAACUGAAGCUGGCAUUAUACAUGUUUAAAAUACAGCAUCUCUGGUAUAUGGAUUGAAAAUUAAUUUCAUGCACUCCAUCUAAGAAUGUGUUCUUAACUACAGUUUGUCAGGUGCUGGAAACCAACUCAGUUAUACUGAACAUACCAUGCACACUGAUUUUUGACUUCACAAAUGUAUUAAACUAUUUAAUUUUUCUCUUCCUAAUGUCCACUUCUGCAGAUGGGAAUAAAGAUGAUGAAUGGAAAAAUAUGAACAAUCCUCAAGUAUAUAAAUUUUAUGGUUUUUUUUAUAACAAAGUGGAAGGUGGACAGAGUAUGAAACCAUUUUGUUGUAGCAAAUUCAGGAAUUCAAAAUUCCUGUUUUUGUAUCACUGAGCACACAUGCUCUGGCUUCAGUCCUGAAUGCUUCACUUAGAACCUGACCUCUUCUGAUUUUUUUUUUUCCCCCCCAAAAGGUGGGCUUCACUUUUUUUUUCUUUUUCCUCCAUCCUUCGUCUUGACAUACUACUGAUCUAAGCUUUUGUAUAGUACCUUUAAAGUUUAGUAUUGUUUGGAUAAGCAGACACAUUGCACUGCACUGUUGUGUAAGACUGAUCUCUCUCUUUUUAAUUAAACAAGUUACCUCAUCUGGCAGUCUAUACACUUUGUUAAUGAAGGGAUAUUUUGUCAGUGUAAACAGCACAUGCAGGCCAUUUAUGACUCUAGAAAUGCAUACUGUAUUCAGCAUUCAGUGAUUGUACAGCAAAUUUUUAUUUGUGCAAUAAAUUUUAACUUUUAGAAAUUG